GAGCACGGAGCACGGAGCACGGAGCACGGAGGACAAGCGAGUGGGAGCGACGAAGACAACGGGGGAGCGCAAUUCAAGCACUUGUUUUGCUUGUGCUCGGUGCUUGGGGUGCGCAAAGUUGCAACAGCCUGCCGACGGAGAUAAGGGGAAUCCCGUGAGCGAGGGAGGCGGUGAACUUGUCAGCAGUGGGUGAGGGAGUGUGUGCGUGAGUGCGUGGGUGAGUCAGUGAGUGAGUACGAGGAGAGUGUGUGUGUGAGAGAGAGAGAGUGACAGCAAGGGAGCACGGCAGCAAGACAGCAAGGGAGAGGCAGUACCCCCUCCCCGCUACAUCCACACCAACAUGUCGCUCCAUAGUGGCGGCACCUGCGCAGACAGUGAUGAGCUGUAUCCGGACUGGCCGCUGAGCCAGGUGUGCGCGUGGCUGCCCAUGGUGGGCCUGCAGCACCUGGAGCCCGUCAUGCGCCAGGGCAACAUCACUGGCCAGAAGCUCGUCACCCUCACAGACAACCAGCUCAUCAGCCUCGGCGUCGACAACCUGGAAGACCGGGCGCAGCUGCUUCGCGCCGUGGCCAUGAUCCGAUCCCGCCUCGAACUCGAGCGCACACACGAGCAGCAGCAACACAGCACGCAGCAGCAGCACAAUGACAUGCAGCAGCAACAACAGCAGCGGCGCGCGAUACCCGACCAGCAAAAACAACAUCAGCAGCAGCAGCAGCAGCAGCAGCAGCAGCAGCAGCAGCAGCAAGAGGUGGUUGAUGAACACAACCACCAGGCUCACCAGUGGCCGUCGUCCGUGCACAACCGCCACGUGCGAACAGCCAGCGCCGGCGGCGUGACGGGCCGUGGCGGUGCAAUUCGCCGUACGUCCAGACACCGCGGCUCCAUCGGCGCACGUGGGCAGCCCCGCAGCCAGUCCCUCGACAUUACGCCAGCGCACCCCGCCGCCACCACAACGACAGCCGCAACAGCCACAACAGCCCGAGGCGGCGGUGGGAGUGGCCGCCGCGACCCGCGUGGGUCGGGCGCACGUGCAUACAGCCUCGCCGCCCGCAUCAACGCCAGCAAGCGCGGCAGCAGCAGUGCCGGCGCGUCGCUCUCUGCUGCCACCAGAACCUCCGCCACGACCACGCUGUGGCGCCAGCACCAGCAGCAGUACGGCGGCUCCACCCGCGUCAGCCGCGGCGGCAGCAACGCAAGCAGCGCCAUGAGCAGCACAGAGGUCUUGGCGUCUGUCGCUGCCAUUCGCACUCGCCACAGUCUGCGCGGUCGCACGUCCCCACGUGUCGCGUGGCACCAGCAGCACAGCGACAGCGCUGGUGGCACCGACGACGAUGGCGAUUUUGGCGGCAGCGAUGGCGGCGGCGUGAACGGUGGUGCCCUGGCCCGCGGUGGCAAUGGAUGGGUUGUUGGCCACGGCAAGGAAGACAUGUUCAUGGUGGGAAAGGAAACUGUGCAAAACAUCAGCAGCAGCAGGCGGCCAUCUGCCACCAACAACGAUGAUGGCAACAACGUGUUUCUGCAGGAACACGAGGCGCUCAUGGAGGUUUCACGCGGUGGUGGAAUUGGCGGCAGUGUUGGCGUGGGCGGUGCUCGUGGUGGUGGUGGUGGUGGUGGUCGCAACGCUGGCCCCAGGCUCAGCCACCCACCACCAAAGUACGACCUGAUCGCCCCCGGCAUCGCAGCGACACCAGCACACACAGAAGCUGGUGAUUCUGAAUCAAGUGCAGUGGACGACGACGACGCCUUUGAUGGUCGUACUGGUGGGCGGACUCGUGGUCAUGGUGGUGGUGAUAUCCAUCGACAGACAGCACAGCGCCCCUUCAACGACAAUGAUGAUAAUGGUGAUGCAGGUGGUGCGAAUGGUGCGAAUGGUGUUGAUGAUUACUACAAUGAUGAUGAUGAGCCAGCGUAUGCGCGCAUCACGAUGAACUUUGAGACAGACUCGGAGGAGGACGAUGGCAGAGCAUACACACACCACCACCGCCAAUACCACCGCCACCACGGUCGCAGCAGCAGCGGCGAUGCAAGUGAGAGCGAAUCCAGUUCAGCGCCGUCACGCGACUCGGCGGAGAUUGCAGCCCUCUAUUCGACCGUCAACAAAGUGCGUGCAAGCAUGACCAGUGACGGCAUGGGUGUUGAACGCGGUGGCAGCAUUGGUGCGGGCCGGCGCCCACGCAUGCCGCUCCCGCACGAGAUGGAGAGCAGCGACGACGACAACGCCAUCAUUCGCGAGGACGAUGCGCAUCCCGGUGUGCGUGCGCUGGUGGACGAGACGGCGGUGGCCCGCGGCGUGUUCAUUGGUGAUCACGACAAGCAGUCUGUUGUCGACCUCCUCAGCCACAAGCGAGAGGGCACGUACUGCGUGUUUUCGCUCCCACACGAUGACACGCGCCUCUUCCUCGCCCUCGUUGCAACCGGCAACGUCCUCAUGAGGCCCAUCUUGAACACGGAGGCUGGGCUCGCAUUCUCUGGCAUUUCACAGGCGUUUCCGACGUUGAAUGCGUUUGCAUCCUACUACGAGACGCACUUUGUGCCACUGCCUGAUAGCAGGACGACGCUGCUUCGCUUCCCCGUGCACGAGCCGUCGUCGUUUGGACGCUCCCUCACGUCCCGCGCCCACCAGUCGUUGCAGUCUUCCACGAUUGGGCGGCUGGAGGACUACCCAUGGUUCUACGACUCCAUCUCCCGCCGCGACGCCGCUCGCAUCCUCGAAUACGAAGAGGACGGGUGCUUUCUCGUCCGCAUGGUCGCAGACAUGCCAGCCGUGGUAACGCCACAAGCUGGUGAAGAGGGCGAGCAGACCCCAAGCCGAAGCAGAAGAAGAAGACCUGCUCACACGCGCGACACACGUGCGCCGGCACCAUCCUCGUCAACAACAGCAACAUCGGCAACACCCUUAUCAUCGGCAUCAGCAGCAGCGGCAGCGGCACACGUGAGUGAUGCCGAUGCAGACGCCGAAGAUGAGGCCGAGGACCAGGACGGGCGCGGGCGCAAAGCAGCCAACAGGCGCGCGCGGCGUGGCUGGCGCAGACGCGCAGGCAAGGACCGCGACAGCGGGGCCGAGAGCGAGGGAGAGGAUGAUACAGCACGACAACAGCGGCGGCGGCGACGAACGCCGUGGUAUCGCCACUUGCGGCGGCCGUGGCGACGCCGACAGCGCAACGACAGCGGUAGCAGCAGGGAACAGGACGGUGGUGAUGAUCGCAGUGGUGUGAGUGGUGCGAGCGCCGGUGUUGGUGAUGAGGGUGGCAGCAGCCCGAUGGACAAGGCGCGUCAGCAGUCGAUGCGGCUGCAUGAGCUGACGUCCGGUGCCCCCUUUGGUGCUGUCGUCACCGAUGACCGCCCCACCCCAGACACGCCGCAGUCCACGCGCAGCGACAUGGCAGCGACGUCGAUGCACGAGUCGCCGUCGUGCGCGUACGAAGUGAUUAUCGCCUAUCACGGCCAGACCAUCUGCAGACGCAUCGAGCGCAGCGGCGUCGGCGUCAGGUUUGAGGGCGGGCGCGCGUUCUUUGAGAACAUUGAAGUGCUCCUGCUCUCGUACAGCUCGAGUCCCGGCGAUGAACUGCCGACGGUGCUGACACAUUCGCCUGGCGCCGUCCCAAGCGGCCUCAACGACACCUCUCCUCUCGACAGCUUCAUCGUCGCGUCGCGCAGCAAGGGCGGGGUGGGUGAGCGCUUCACGGACCAGCUUGAUUUGGACGCGUUUCUCUCUGCCGUCCAUCCCGAGGACACCGCCGCCCUCUGGUGGGCCGCAAAUCCAGACGAGGCAAAGGUUGCUGCGCUGCGGACGCUUGAGGGGCGAGAUGGCACGUUCUUUGUCCGCCACGGUGGACAGCAGGGCAGCUUCGUGCUUACGUACAAGGCAAAGGGCCAUUUGCACACGGACCUGAUUCGCGGCACCCUCACAGACCAGGGCGAGCCCCGCCUCUACCUCACCCAAGCGCAGCAGAAGACGUACAAGACGCUGGCAGAGCUGGUGCAAGCGCUGGGCUCUCCCAACCCGUACACGGCGUGUCCGCUGCGCUCAACGUCAUCGUCGUCGCAGCGCACGCGCGGUGGCGGCGGUUCCCACCGCAACCUGGCCGGGCGGCUGUCGACCGUGGAAGAGGAGACGAGCGAGCAGUCGUCACGCAACAGCUCCCGCUCCCGCUCGCGAAGCACCGACGCGCGAAAGUCGCUCCGCCAGCAGUUUUUCUCGCUGUUCCGCACGAAGCGCACGCGCACAGCCCGUCUGAGCAUGGGCAGGUCGGUGUCGCCCGAGGCAGAGGUGCGCUACCGCUCAACACACGCCCCGCUCACACCCGACCGCGGUGUUGGCGAUGCGCUCCUCGCACAGCAGCGGUCGCCAACCACACCGUCGUCACGCAGCGGACACGACAGCAGCACCAGUGCAACGACCGCCACUGGCACAACCGCAACAGCGUCGCCCUCAACGACAGCGCAACCACCGCCGUCAUCGCCGUCAUCUGGCGGAGUGCAGCGGGGACGUGUUGCGGGCAUUGGCGGGUCGAUGCGGGUGAGCCGGCUGACAAAGGAACCGCGACGCCGGCAGCCGGGCUCGGCGCCAGGCAGCAAGACAUCGUCGUUCAAGCACUCGCGCGCCAGCGACUACACGUCACCACACCGCCGCGCCGCCGCUGCUGCUGUUGCCCGCGGUGAAGCGCGCUACGCUGCACACGGCCCGGACGAGCACGCAGCUCAACACGAACUGCACUACCAACAACAACCUCAGGAACUAGAACAAAGGCAGCAGCAAUAUCAGCAGCAACACCAAGGCCGCAGUCGCCAUCAGGGGCAGGGUGCAGUUGACCGCCUGUUGUCGCCGCUGCCGCGCGAUGUGGUUGAGCGUGCGCGGCCCUCAUCUGCAACACCGCAGCACCCGCACCAGCAUGUGCUCGGCGCGCCCACCAGUGCACCCGUGCGCCUCCACCGUUGCGGCACCACCACCGCUGCUGGCGGCCGGGUUGGUGGCGACCUCGAGUUUGACUUUGACGACGAGUUUCUGUUGGCUGGCGGCCGUGCGGAUAUGGAAGCGCUGCGCACGUCGCGUCUCAAGUCGCGGUCUGAACCGAACCUCGGUGUUGGCUCGCCCGCCAAGUCCAUCCUGAAGAAGGCCACGCUGAGCAAGAUUGCGCCGCCGCAACACGUCCGAUUUGUCGAGAAGCCAGAGAUUCGCCAGCUCUCCAGACAAGCGUCCCUUUCGCCGCACGAUUGGGUGUGGAAUCAGAUUGGUCGCCCAAGAGCACAGGCAAUUCGGGCGCUGCAAGGGAUGCCCACAGGCGCGUUCAUUGUUCGUCGCAGCGAAAGCAAACCAAUGCACUUCGCCAUCACGUAUGUGUACGGCAACGCGCUCUGGGAUGAACUCAUUGCAACCAACGCGCCCACCAUCAUGUCCAGCGGAGCGUUUUACUUGGAGUCGGCGCCGCACAUGGUCUUCACCUCGUUCUUCAAACUGCUGCACUACUUUUGCAAUGACGCUGGCGUGCUUGCGUGCCCGCUGCGGCUGCCGUCCUCCUUUGAUCUGAGCCUCAUCAGCGAAGGACCAGGCCACCUGCGCAAAGCACCAUCCACAGACAGCAUGACAAACAUCUUCACGUCCACGCUUGGCCCCAGCUGGCACUCGCGUUCCCCCGUGCGACAACCGCAGCAGCAGCAACAACAACGUCAGCGCCAUCGCAUGAUGAUGCAGUCACCAUCCCGUGCACGCUCCAUGCAAGACCAGCUGCUACAGGACAUGCAGCGCCAGAGCCAGCAGCGGGCGCGGCUUCACUCGCAAUCGCCAACCAAGAGGCGGCAGUCCCCGCACCCAACAGCAUCUGCAACACCCGCGCCAACAGCAGCAACCAAUUUCGCUGCUGCUGUUGCCCAAGCAGGCCGGCAGGAGUGGCGAGAAGGCAGCCGUGGUCGCUCCACCACGCCGCGUGCGCCGUCACAGCAAUCACGUGCUGAUGCCACCGCAACACCCACCGUCAUCUACAACCCACGCCAUGUGCCAGCACCCAAGUACUCCCAGCUCGAUCAAGCGGACCCAGCGACAAGCACAGCGCGCUCUCACUCACAUUCCCAAACACGCGCCCAACGCCACCACCACCACCCACUUGGGUUCCGUGGCCACGACACCGCUGCAUCAUCCUCAGUGCACGGGGGGCGCCUCACCCCUGGCCAACGUGCGGGCGGGAAUGACGCGUGGCUGCGACAAACACAGUCGCAUCCCGGCUUCUCGCAGGCAACGCUCAGCGAAGCACAGCAGCGAGUGCAGCAGCGGGGUGGUGGGCCACCGCCACCAGUGUCACCCGCUCUCUCCACGCGAGCAGCACACACUGCGCGCCGCAACGCAGCCAGCCCCCAUGUCUCACUCGGCAUUCGCGGUGGUGGUGACAACACUGGAAGCGUCACCCGCUCCCAACAACACCUGCUCACGUCGCGCAGCCACCACGGCGGGCAUCGGUCGAGAAGCGCAGCCCAGCUGCUGGGCCCGACGCCGCGGGGCCGGUCACUGUCGCUCUUCCCUCAGAAGUCGCCAACAGCAGUAAACGCAGCAAACACAGCAGGAGGAGCGAGAACCUCCACGACAACGAUGAUGAUGAUGAUGUCGCCGGCCAGUCCUUCGGUGAUGGCGCGAUCACGUGCGGGCGCCAAGAGCACACCGCUGGACCCGGCCCACCCCAUGCAGCAGCGCUACGCUGACAUGCACGUGCACAGGCUUUGAGAGGCGGGAGAGGUGAAAGGGGUUUCAGAAGCGGAGUGUGUUUGCUGGGCUGACUAUGGUGAAUGAACAGCUGUGUGUAAAGACGAGAGCGGGGUUUUGGGUGUGUACAUGAACGCUGGCAUUGUCAGAGAGAGAGAGAGAGAGACGAAUGGUAAUGAGGGCAGUGUGUCGCGCACACACAAGGAUAGCUUUGUUGAUUUGAUGUAUUGCUUUGUAUCACAAUGUCACACAUCUUGUUCAUGCACAACAACAAGUAAACAAACGCUCAAACCGAAA